CCAAAAAAAAAAACAAAAAGAAUGUCAUCCCCCAAAUCCGGCCGUCAGUCCCCCCCGCCCGAAGAACAACCGGGCGCGCAGCAACAGGAUCCGCCCGGGGUGGGCAAGGCGAAGGAGUACACGGGUGGCCAGUCGAGGGCGCAGGAGGAGUCCGAACGGUUCAAGGAGAGUGGGUUGACCAGCAACCCGGUGCAUCCUUUGGAGAAACAUGUGACGGAGAUGUUUGAGAAGGGAAAUAAGGCCUAGUGUAUCAUGUUGAAUCUAGUAUCUAGUAUCUACUGUUGUCUACUGUUGUCUACUGUCAUCUACUUUGUUAUAGUACGGGUUGAUAUAUGGACAUAGGUAUUGAUAAACACAGUAGUCAUAAAUACAACAGCAGUCAUAACCAUACAUAGUCAUCAUUCAGAAACGAAAAGAGAAUUACGCCUGCUCCGCAGGGGGAACGGUGCCAGCAGGCUCAGAAGCCGGAACCGUGC